UUGUGAGGGCGCCUCACCCUAGCCUAAGCAGAUCCCACUCAUCGCGGCCUGGAACCCCUCAGUACAACCAGUUAAACCCUUAAAUUUGGCACUUCCGUUUUAUUACUUUCUAAUCUAAUCGUGUUGACCACCGUUGAUUAAACACAAUGUCAUACGCAUCAAGACUUCCUGCGUCCUGGAAUGACACAUUUCCUGCUCGGAAAGUGGAAAUUGACCUGAGUUCUCCUGGAUUGGCAGUGGGUGAACUGGAAAGACUUUUAUUUACUGGCAAAGCCAUCUGCAGCCAUGCAGAUGAAGUAUGGCCGAAGCUUUACAUUGGAGACCAGCAUAGUGCAGAAAACCUGGCUGAUCUAUCUCUGCAGCGCAUUACCCACGUCCUGAACGCGGCCCAAUGUCGUCGACACGCUGGGGCUGAUUUAUACAAGGGUACGAGUAUUACAUAUAUGGGCAUUGAGGCCCGCGACUCUUGCAACUUUGACCUGAGUCCUAACUUCCAGAGAGCAGCCUGCUUCAUAGACGGAGCUCUCGGUAGAGGAGGGAGGGUCCUCGUCCAUUGCCAGGUCGGAGUCAGCCGCUCCGCCACCCUGGUCCUGGCCUACCUCAUGUUGAAGCAGAGGCUGACCCUGGUUGAGGCCAUAUGUGCUGUUAAAAACCACAGGGGGGUGGUCCCAAACCGAGGCUUCCUGAGGCAGCUUAUACAACUAGACGGUCAACUCUUUGGACCUCAUCAAUACAAACAUGUUUAGUCCAGCUUUGUUUUGUUCAAAUACUGGUGGGACACCAUGCAGAGGCGAGGUUCCCCUGAGCGACCGGUUGAUAAUCUGUCUAAAAAACAGACAUUGUUCAUGUCAAACAUUAGUAGUGACUCAUGCAGGGUCAUGGGCAACACAAAAGUAUAGCAAUGGUUAUUUUUUGUAUUAGUUUGUAAUUGCAAACAUCAACUGUGGUCGAUCUUCGGGGUUCUUCCUGGAGCAUCUGCACGUUGUUAAUCCAUAAUUUUAAUCCAUGCAAUAUUGACACACAUUAUCAUUUUCCAUCUAAUAUAGGGACAUGAAGCAGAAGGGUGGACGUUUUUCGCUUUUUCAAACCAAUAAACUGCAGAAUGUGAUGAUUAAAAUCACAAUAUAAACAUAAUUAAAGUUUGCGGCUACACAGA